UUUGCCGUGGGGAAGUGUGCGCAAGUCGCGGAAGUGAAGGUAUACCCGGAUUCACAACAAUUAGAAGAGCAACUCGCCGAUUAUUCCACAUUUCAAACAGGAUGUUAUUCACCACUCGUUCCUAUUGUUCCCUUCAGUUUCACGAUUGAUAAGAGCAGAAUGUGUAGAUUAGAUGUUAAACCUUUUGGCCUACUGCUCUAUAAAAGCUGAACUUGCAAACAAAUGUGUGGAGGAAACGUCAAUACAGCUUCAUAACAUAUUUCGCUGUUAUCAAUCUGAACUAUGACUGAAUCUACAUAUGAAUUUUGUUUGAUAUGCAAAGCACAGAAGAAAGACGAUUUUGGAUGCUUGUUUGUUGGGGACUCAACCGAAUGUCGACUGUCGGAGCUGGGAUCCCUCUUGCAGGACAUGUUGCAGUUUCUGCCAAAUGAGUUGCAGCUUCACCUUUGCGGUAAUUGUACAGAACAAGUGAAGCAAUUUCACGAAUUCAAAAUUAGAGCGAUAGAAUCCUACAAAAACUUACUGGAGCUGACCAGAAAAUCCAUCGUUGAUCCUAUAGCAUUCGGAGAUAGUACAACAAACGGCAAUAGCAACUGUAUAAAUUCUGAAGGGUUGAAGCAGAACGGACGAAUAGAGGAAGUCUCUGUUUUCAACGAGCAUAGUGAGACAACAGAAAACUUUCAAAUUAAGUAUUUAGGGGAGAGCGAUGAGGAGGAUGAUACCAUUACAAACUUGCAAGGAAAUACUCAACAAUCACCUGCAUAUGACGUGGAAAUACUAAACGAUUAUCACCAUUGUGACAAGUGUGAUGAAAUAUUCUGGACAGUCGAUGAUCUGAAGAAGCACAAGCAAGUACACAUCGAACCGAACCAAUGUGACUUCUGCUCUGAAGUAUUCUGGGAUGACAAGCAAUAUAUGGACCACUUAUACCAUCAUAUAAACUACGGACCGCCUUUCCAAUGUAAAAAAUGCCCGCAAAAAUACCAGGACAAAAAAUAUUUCGUCGAGCAUUUGACUUUUCACGUUUUCGGGCUGAAGUGUGAGAAAUGUGAUAAAAUGUUUUAUAGGAAAAAUUUGCUCCAAGUUCACCUGCGAACAACACACGCUACGGAAAGACGCUAUGGUUGCCGAACAUGUGGGAAACGUUUCAAGUCGAGCUCGCAUUUGCGAAAUCAUUAUUAUUCACAUAUGGGGAAACAAUUUCAAUGUCCAAUGUGUCCUAACAGAUACAGUACACCUCGAACAUUGCGCGAUCAUUUCAAAUCUAUUCAUAAAGGCGAUCUACCAUUCAGCUGCGAAGUAUGCGAACAACUAUUUCUAACGCGGGAAGAACUGCUGGGACAUAUUAGAGAGCAACAUCUCAUUAACGCUACUGAGAAUAAUGCAGACGUAGAUGCCCAAUAGAUCCAGAGUGUUUUUGGGAAUAGACGACGUUGAUUCAAUUGAAUUGUGCUAUAUCUUUCUUGGAUAUAAUGUGAAAUUAACACUACGUAAAAAUAGAAUAAGAAAAAUGCGUGA